AUGUCUACCACAGCCUCUAAAGAUAAUACCGACAGCAACACCCAAAGCACCACCGACGGUGCCUCACAAGGUGCUGUCCCAGAGAGGCAAGAUACCGGAGCUUCUACAGGAAAUCUCACUUUCGAACCUGGUAAUAUCAGUCAUGCUCCGACUUGGGGUACUAAAUAUAGUGAGGUGAGAGAUGAUCCUGGGCCUGAUAAUUGGGCAGCACAACAUCAAGUACAACAGCAACAGCAACAGCAAGAUCCACCACCACAACCACAACAACAACAACAACAAGGUGAAGAGAACAACGUCCAAGGAGGGAAUAAUUAG